CGCGCAAGGAUGAAGCUCUUAAUAUGUGUACUGUCUGUGGUCGUGGCAACAAUGGCGGACGAGAUCGAGGACUUCAAGCAGCAGCUCAACAAUGGAAACGAUCUAUUCACGGCCAAUAUGUUCUCGGAGGUUCUGAAGCAGCAGAACGGCAAGAACGUGGUCCUGUCAGCCUUCUCGGUGCUGACUCCGGUGGCGCAGCUCAGCCUGGCCUCCUCGGGGGAGACUCAUGACCUGCUCCUCAAGACCCUGGGCUUGCCCAGUGACGAAGCCAUCAAAAGCGUAUUUCCGCUCGUGAACGCUAAACUGCGGGACAUCAAGGGGGUGACGCUCAAACAAGCCAGCCGCAUCUACCUGCCGCUGACGGCCGAGCUGGCCGACGACUUCGCCGCCGCGUCCAGGGAUGUCUUCGGCUCCGAAGCCAAGAACCUCGACUUCACCAAAAACGUCGAGUCCGCUAAAGAAAUCAACGACUGGGUGGAAGAGCAGACCAACAACCGUAUCCAGGACCUGGUGGACCCUGACAGUAUCAAACCCGACACCGCCAGCCUUCUUGUCAAUGCCAUCUACUUCAAGGGUACAUGGAAGAGCAAGUUCGACAACGCGAGCACCACCGAGCGAGACUUCCACGUGUCCAAGGACAAGACCGUGAAGGUUCCCACAAUGUACCAGAAGGCUAGCUUCAAAUAUGGAGAAAGUGCUGAACUGGACGCUAAGCUUCUGGAAAUGCCCUACGAAGGAGAAAAAGCGUCAUUCCUGAUCAUUCUGCCCAACGACAUCGAAGGUCUGCCCGCCCUGACCGAGAAGCUCAAAGAGCCACAGCACCUCAACAAAGCUCUCAGUGAAAUGUACAAGGCCGAAAUCCAAGUGUACAUUCCUAAGUUCAAAAUCGAGACGGAGACCGAUCUCAAAGAAGUCAUGUCUAACAUGGGUCUAUCCAGCCUCUUUGAGCCUGGCAAAGCCACAAUUGACAAACUAUUGAAAUCUAAGGCGCCUUUGUAUAUUGGUGAUGCGAAACAGAAGGCUUUCAUUGAAGUGAACGAGGAAGGGUCUGAGGCAGCAGCGGCUAAUGUGAUGAACUUCGCGAUGUGUUCAGCGAUGAUCGGCCCCACUCCCUUCAGCGCCGACCGACCCUUCGCUUUCGCUAUUCGACACGCUGGCAUCAGCUUCUUUAGUGGAGCUUUCUUCGAAGAUUAGCAUUCGUCAGUAGAGAACCACAAAUAGGGUUUUUUAUACAUUUGUCCGCUAUUGAUGACCCCGAGAAGAGGUUUGCUUUUUAACAGUUCAUGGUAACGAGUUAAGUGAUGUCUGAAGGCAACAUUGAGUUUUUAUUUUUUCUAUUAAUAAAACGGGUAUU